AUGUCCCUCUCACACACGGCCGCCGAGUACAUGCUCUCCGAUGCUCUCCUCCCGGAUCCCGGCGGUUCCCGAGCCAAGGGCCUGCGGCUGGAGCUGCCGAGCGAUCGCCUGCUGAAGUUUGUCACUGUGGGGCUGCCCCUCUUCCUCGUCUCGCUGGCUUUCGCCCGGGAAUUCUCCGCCGGCUCGCAGAUCAGCUGCUUCUCUCCCACCAACUUCACGGGGAAGCAGUCCGCCUACGUCGACACAGCUUGCUGGGACUCCCUCGUCCACCAUGGCUUCGACGCCGAGGGACGUGCCGUCACCAAGUCCCUCUGGGUCCUCAAGGUCUUCCCCUACUCGCUGCUGGUGGUGGCGGUGCUCAUGUACAUGCCUUACCUGUUGUGGCGUUACGCGGCCGCCCCCGCCCUCCACUCCGACCUCCUCUUCAUCAUCGAUGAACUGGACAAAUCCUACAACCGUUCCGUGCGCUUGGUGCAACACAUGAGGAAGGUCCAGCAGGCCAGCGCCGAGCCGGAGCGAUUCUGGGAGGAAUACGAGAGGGCCCGCCGGGAGAGGUAUUUUGAGUUUCCUUUGCUGGAGCGCUACCUCACCUGCAAGCAACACGUCCACUCCCUGGCGUUCAUCUACAUCCUGAGGAACCUGCUGCUGCUCUUGUUCCUGGCCGCCACCUGCCUCUACCUGGUCUUCCUCCACCUCAACAUCUUCUUCCAGGACGAGUUCAGCUGCUCCAUCAAAACGGGGCUGCUCCAGGCGGAGCCCCACGUCCCCCCCCUCAUCCCCUGCAAGCUGGUCUUCUUCUCCAUCUUCCAGCUCAUCAGCCUCUCGGUCGGCGGUGUCUACGUCCUCCUCGUACCUGUCGUCAUCUACAACGCCCUGCAGCUCUGCCAGUGGGACAAGGGGCUGCUCGCUGUCUAUGAGAUGCUGCCUCCCUCCCCCCUCCUCAGCCGCAAGAUGCUCCCCUGCCCCGUCAAUGACCUCAACGUCAUCCUCCUCUUCCUCCGGGCCAACAUCUCCGAGCUGACCUCCUUCGGCCGCCUCAACGCCGUGAACGCCUUGAGGGAAGCCACCGCUGACAAGCAGGACAUUGAUACCGUUGUCGACUUCAUGACGCUGCUGGCCGGGCUGGAGACCACCAAGCCCAAACACCACGCUUGCACCCCCGAGGCUGACAGCAGCGUGCCCCUCUCCAACGGCGGGGCUCGAG